AUGCGCAAUGCUUUUCAGCCCAUCCUAAAUCGUGAGGAUCUCAACCAGAAUAGGCUCUUGAGCAGGCAGCUCGUCGAUUCGAUGGAAAGCAUUUCCAGAAAAUACCAAAGGCUACAGAGGGCCUUCAAGGAGCAAUUUUCAUCUAUCAAAUGUGCUGGCAGCACCCCAAAUCUUUCCGACACACCGGCAAAAAGUAUGCUAGCCCCCCACCAAGGGCCCGCGGAAGAACUUUAUGAAGCCACCUUUUUUGAUAUUACUACUGAUGAUCUGGCUGAGAUCAGGUCAGACUGUGAAGAUACCUAUAACCUCCGUGAUGCUCCAAAUCCCCAUAACCCAUCCAUUUUGGGCCAUUUAUAUUCUGGCGUCGGUGAUGAAAAUGGAAUCCAUUCUGGUGCAAAAUUGAAGGCGGAUAUUUUCUGCGAGUACGAUUCCACCAAUCAUGGCGAAAAGACACACAUUUCUACAAAAUUAGAAGAGCCGCCAGCAGAAAAUCAAGAUUUCAGCGUCAAAUUGGCCCUACCCCUUUCCACAGCAGACAAAAGGGAUGCUAGAUGUCGUCCCUUGUUCAAGUAUAACGAAAGUACAAGGAUGCCAUCCAAACGUCGUCUUCUGCAUGGAAAAGCCUGUUCCUGCUGUUCAAAAUAUUACGAAUGCCAGGAUGACAAGGGAUCGGUAGAUAGAAUCUCACGACACAAAUUCCAACAUCUCCCCCCGUCUACUCCACCCGGGUUUUGGGAUAUCGGCUUUACACAAAAGGAAGAAUAA